AUGCGUGAAAGGUUGCAGAGAGGCCACAGAAUGGCGCAGAACGUGACUGAGGCGCAGAACGUGUCCGAGGCGCAGAACGUGACCGCAGCGCAGAACGUGAUCGCGGCGCAGAACGAGACUGAGGCGCAGAACGUAAGCGGGGCGCAGAACGUGACUAAGGCGCAGAACGUGAGCAGGGCGCAGAACGUGACUGAGGAGCAGAACGUGAAUGGGACGUAG